GGAGACUCUGCCCGCGACCCCUUCAAACCCUGGCAGCAGAGCCCGGGCCAGGACUCGGGGCUGCGGGAGGCUUUCCAGAUGGUGCUGGUGAUCACCUACUAUGAGCCCCAAAACCCCGAGUACCAGCGCUUCCAAACCCAGCUCAUCCUGCGAGCCAAGCAGAAAUUUGGGGUGCAGCUCAACUACUCCCUGGUGAGCGAGUCACCCUGCGUGAUGGGGUGGUGUGCUGAGGAUCCCCCCCCCCCGCCUGCAGCCCCCCUCUCCAUGCUGGCCAUCGUGGCUUUGGGCACCGGCCUCACCUUUGUCAUGUUUGGCGUCACCAGCUUCCUCAUCUUCAGGAAGCUGAUGCUGGAGAGGGAGCUUGCCAGCAUGCUCUGGAGGAUCCGCUGGGAUGAGCUGCAAUUCGGGAGCCCCGAGCGAUACCACAAGGCAGCGGGCAGCCGGCUCACGCUGUCACUGCGCGGCUCCAGCUAUGGCUCCCUGAUGACCACCCACGGCAAGUACCAGAUCUUCGACGUGCUGGAGAACGAGAGCAUCAACCUGGACUGGAUGUUUCGCUACUCCCUCAUCAACGACAUCGUCAAGGGAAUGGCCUUCCUGCACAACAGCAUCAUCGGCCACCAUGGCAGCCUCAAGUCUUCCAACUGCGUGGUGGACAGCCGCUUCGUGUUGAAGAUCACCGACUAUGGGCUGGCCAGCUUCCGCUCGUCCUGCGACAGCGAGGACACGCACGCCCUCUACGCCAAGAAGCUGUGGACAGCCCCAGAGCUGCUGCAGAAGGGGCAGCUGCCCACCCCGGGCAUGCAGAAGGCCGAUGUCUACAGCUUCGGCAUCAUCGUGCAGGAGGUCGCCCUGCGCAACGGCCCCUUCUACAUCGAAGGCAUGGACCUGAGCCCCAAAGAGAUCGUGCAGAAGGUGCGUAACAGCCAGAAGCCCUUCUUCCGCCCCUCCAUCGACAUCGGGGUGCACAGCGAGGAGCUGGCGGUGCUGAUGGAGCGCUGCUGGGCGCAGGAGCCGGCCGAGCGCCCCGACUUCGGCCAGAUCAAGAUCUUCAUCCGUCGAUUCAACAAGGAGGGCAGCACCAGCAUCCUGGACAACCUGCUGUCGCGCAUGGAGCAGUACGCCAACAACCUGGAGAAGCUGGUGGAGGAGCGGACGCAAGCCUACCUGGAGGAGAAGCGCAAGGCGGAGAACCUCCUCUACCAGAUACUGCCCCACUCCGUGGCAGAGCAGCUGAAGCGUGGGGAGACGGUGCGGGCCGAGGCUUUCGACAGCGUCACCAUCUACUUCAGCGACAUCGUGGGCUUCACCGCCCUCUCGGCGGAGAGCACGCCCAUGCAGGUUGUGACACUGCUGAACGACCUCUACACUUGCUUCGACGCCAUCAUCGACAACUUUGACGUCUACAAG